AGUUUCUCGGUGCGUCACAGCGAGCCGCGCAGCCAGGAUCCCCGGCAGAGAGAACCAGGGACCCACCGCCUGUUUUCUGCCAGCGGAGAGUUUUCCUGGUUUUGGACUUUGUUCCGGUUCGGAGCAGGAGCCGUGGUUCUGAUCCGGUUCGGAGGACCCGCAGCAGCUGCAUGGAGGAUCUGAACUUUUGGCACAGAAGAGAUGAAAUCUGCAGAGGAAGAUGCCUUCGGCUUCUCGCCCAGCGUCAGCCUCUCCCUGCCUCUGGCCUCACAGUUUGUCCAGUCCCGCCCCACCAUUUCCGUGUCCUUGGUGGAGCCUGAGACCUUUGACCCCCAUGACGAUCCGCCGUCGGCCGGCUUCUGCUCACCGGUGCGGCCGGACGUCGCCGCGGCCCUGGAGGGCCCCCGCAUCGAGAUCACGGCCUACGGCCAGUUGCCCGAGGAUGAGCCACGGCGGGGCGGCGUCCCCGCUGGCCGGCACGUCGCCUCCAUCGUGACGCUGCCGCUGCCCGGCGCCGACCUCUACCGCGACCCCAGCUGCCUGAGCCCGGCCAGCAGCGUGUCGUCCCGCAGCGGGCUCUCCGACGCCUCUUUCGAGUCCGGCUUCUCCUACAACUAUGACAACUCACCCCAGAACUCGCCCUGGCAGUCCCCCUCCGUGUCCCCGAAGGGCUCCACCCUGGCCCUGCCAGAGGACGGCGCCGCCGCCUCGCCCCACGCCGAUGUGACAGACGACGGCUGGACGGCGCCACGGGGCUCCAGGCCCGGUUCCCCCUGCGGAGCCAAGAGGAAGUACAGUCUGAACGGCUUCCCGUCGCCCCCCGACCACUCGCCCCGCCUCAGCCUGACGGAGGACAGCUGGCUGCCCAACACCAACCAGUACACCAACUCCGCCAUCUUGGCCGCCAUCAACGCCCUCUCCACCGACGGCCUGGCCGACCUCGGCGACGGCGUACCCAUAAAGGCCCGGAGAACCAGCCUGGAGCUCGGCCCCACCGUCAGCCUGAAGCUGGAGCACCGGGGGGCGGAGCCACCGCAGGACGAACCCCCGGCCAGCCGCACGGCCCUGAAGAAGGAAGGCUACUUCCUGGACGUUCCUCAGAACCCGUUCGGCUGGACGAAACCCAAGCACUUCCUCAGCCCGUCUCUGCCGGCGCUGGACUGGCAGCUGCCCAGCAGCUCCGGCGCCUUCAGCCUGCAGAUCCACGUCCAGCCCAAGUCGCACCACCGGGCGCACUACGAGACGGAGGGCAGCCGCGGCGCGGUGAAGGCGCUGGCCGGCGGACACCCGGUGGUCCAGCUCCACGGCUACAUGGAGAGCGAACCUCUGACCCUGCAGCUCUUCAUCGGCACAGCUGACGACCGGCUGCUGAGGCCGCACGCCUUCUACCAGGUCCACCGCAUCACGGGAAAGACGGUGUCCACGCCGAGCCACGAGGUCCUGCACAACAACACCAAGGUGCUGGAGAUCCCACUGCUGCCGGAGAGCGACAUGCGUGCCAUAAUCGACUGCGCGGGAAUCCUGAAGCUCCGUAACUCCGACAUCGAGCUGAGGAAGGGCGAGACAGACAUCGGCCGGAAGAACACGCGCGUCCGGAUGGUGUUCCGGGUUCACGUCACCCAGCCGGGUGGCAGGACCGUUUCUCUUCAGGUCGCCUCCAACCCCAUCGAGUGCUCCCAGAGGUCGGCGCAGGAGCUGCCGCUGGUGGACAAGCAGAGCCUGGAGACGAGCCCGGCCCCCGGAGGGGACACCAUGGUGCUGGACGGACACAACUUCCAGCACGACUCCAAGGUGCUGUUUGUGGAAAAGACUCAAGACGGCCGCCAUGUCUGGGAGAGCGAGGCCGCGGUGGAGAGAGACGCGCUGAGGCCGAACUCGCUGCUGGUUGAAAUCCCGCCGUACCGGACGCAGCGCCUCUGCGCCCCGGUUCACGUCAACUUCUACGUCAGCAACGGCAAGAGGAGGCGGAGUCAGCUGCAGCGCUUCUGCUACGUUCCCACCAACGUUCCGACGAUAAAGACGGAGCCGCAUGACGACUACGGCGCCGCCCUGCCGUGCAGCCAGCACGCGCCGCUGCACCCAAAGUUGCAUUAUGGCGCCCAGGUCACCACCCCGGUGACCUCCGACCUCAGGCUGUGCGUUGUGGGCAAGGCUUACGGCCGCUCGCCCGCCUCCAGCCCCAAACUACAGGAACUGUCUCCCCCCCAUGCCUCCAUCAUCCAGGAAGCCCCUCGCCGCCCCCCCACGCCUGCAGACUCUCCGACCCCAACCUUGACCCCGACCUUGACCCCGGGCCCCCCGGACGCCCCUGAACCUGCAGGACGGGUCCGGGAGGGGGGCAUCAGCAUCAAGGAAGAGCCGCAGGAGCUGGACCAGAUGUACCUGGAUGACGUCAACGAGGUCAUCAGGAACGACCUGAGCAGCGACUCCACCCACAGCCACGCCUAAGCCCCGCCCACUACCCCGCCCGUCCUGACAUCACGCUCCUCCUGCAACCUGCAGUUAGGAAAUGCAACCAGAACAACUGACGGUUGGUUCUCCAGGGUCCACAUGCACCUUCAGGUUCGGAUCUUCCAUGCUUUUCCCAAAUCCCCUGGGCGAGCGAGCGUCCUCACAGCGGACGAUUCUUUCUGAAGCGGUUUUCGCUGCAGCGCUGUGAAAAGUGCCUUUAAACUGGAAACCAGGAGAAACAUACUGAACAGUUCCUGUUUGGAUCAAUGGAACCUCAGUUCUUUAGGACAUCAGUUCAUUUCUUUGGUUCCUGCUGCCGCCAUGUUUGUUUCGUCUGCUGGGAACUAAAAAUGAAAAAAAUGUUUUUUAUCCCUUUAAAUUUUCCUUCAGCACCAAAACACCGGAGAAGCCGUCCAAUCAGGGCUCAGCGUCCACCAUGAAACAUGCAUGGUCUGUCCAACUCAAACUGGCGGGGUCGCCCUCUGCUGGCUGGGAGACAGAAUGCAGCUGCAGCGCAAAUUAAAUAAUAAUAAAACUUUAAUUGACUGAUUUAAAACUUUGCAACAAAUCCAGAAAUCCAAACAUACAUAAGUGUUAUAAACACAAUAAUUCUCAUUCAAAUUUUUGAAAAACUAAACAUUUUUUUUAUAAUUAGCUGCUUGGAUCAAAUUCAAGUUAAACAGAUGAAUUUCAUGUUUGUUUAGUUAUUUAAAUCUGUUUAUGGAUUUAAAUAAUUUUAUCUGUGAUCAAACUAACCAAGAAAUAAUUUAGUUUUCAGUUUGUUUCUAUAACAAGAUAAUCAUUUGAAAUGUUUUUUAGAUUGUAAUUAGAUUUUUUCUGAUCAGACACAUUUAUUAACAUCAGGGUUUGAAUAUUUUGCACAAAUCUGAAGGUUUCUACAGUCUGUUUUCAUACCAACCUGCAUUUUUAUACUUUUCACAUCAAAACUUCAAAGCUGCAACGUUUGAAAAUAUUUAAACUUUACUUUUGUUUCUUUUCUCUGAAUUUACGAGUUUCUGAGAUGAAUCUGGUUUUCAUGACUGAAUCUGUUUGCACUGAAGCAGUUAGUGACUGCUUCAUGACCUUUACCCCGCCUUGCUUUUUCUCCUGUAAAUAUCCCAACAGGAAGAGGAAGUGAUGUCAUAGGUGGAUGUCAAACCGAUUCUUUAAAACUUGACCUGCUGCUUUUCUCAAAGCUGAUCUGGAGAUUUUAUGGAGGUUUAAAUACUUCAUGUUUAUCAGCUGCUUCCUGUAUUUAUGAGUCUUAAUAUGUUUAAUGUUGCUGAUCCACUUCAGGAUGUUUCAAUAAAAACUAAUUCAUGUUUCAUCUGAA